CAGUUCACAUUCACGUUGUACGAUUUAAUUUUUUUCACUACAAUGGAUGGCAAUUUUCACUUGGCUCCUUCGGAGCAGCAGCAACAGCCUCAGCCUCGUGUGUUUCACGGGAACUUCGGAGAAGAGUUGUACGCGCCUCCGUGGCCGCCUUCAGAAGGACGAAACAGUCUUCACGGAUUCAGAACAGAUUUCGCUCCGUCCACAGGACCGCAGAGCUUCGGAGGCUCGAACCCUCCAUACGGAUUCGAUCCCUCUGUGCCACCACCAGCGUUCGGCUUUCCGAUUCCAGGCCCCUUCCCUCCGGUGCCUACGGUUCCUGUGAACACGUACAGGCCAUCGUUCCAGACCCAGCAGGCUGUGCGUGAACCAGCGCCCUUUGAACCUCGGACUGAAGCACUGGAGACUCCAGCUGAGAACGACGCAGCUGUUCAGCGGGAACAAGACGAGCAGUGGGUGAGACAUUUCUUACAAAGUAGAGGCAAACCGUGUGAGGGAGCGAAACGCCCGCAGCAGCGCAGGACCACCGUGUCAGUGUGUGAGUUCAGAGAGCUUCUGUACGGAGCCGCUCAGCAGCUCUCACAGCUGUCUGAAACCUGCCAACUUCUGAAGCACAACCUGGACAACGACGGUGUUUGGACUCAGUCGUUUUUAAAGGCUUUGUCCGUUAAAAGAGAGCUGCAGGACAAACUGAGUGUCCUCGAUGACACCGAGACUUUAAAGCAGCUGAAGGCUAAACUGUCUUAUGGUGCCAAGAAGAAGGCUCGGCGAGCCCGAGCCAAGAUGCUGCGUCAAACGGAGGCGAACCACAGAGAGCUUCGAAGCGCCGAGAAAGAAGCAAUGAUCGACAAGUGGAGGAUGAGGCAGAUACAGGAGGUGGAAGAGAAAAAGAAGGAACGGGAGCUAAAGCUGGCUGCAGACUCUGUUCUCUGUGAGGUGCGGAAGAAGCAGGCAGACGUGAAGCGCAUGCAGGACAUCCUCAGGUCUCUGGAGAAACUCCGCAAACUGAGGAAAGAGGCAGCUUCCAGGAAAGGUAUCUCUGUGGAUCAAGAAUCAGACCAGGCCUUCAGCAGCAGGCUGGAGGAGCUGCGGUGUCUGAUGAGGAGGAGGACAGCCGUGUACUCUGCAGAGGAGAAAGCCUUGAUGGUCAUGCUGGAAGGAGAGCAGGAGGAAGAACGCAGGAGAGACCUGGAGAAACAACAGAAGAAGGAGAGGGAGCGAUACCUGCACAGGAAACAAAAAGUGGACGCCAUGCUGUUUGGAGAUGAGAUGCCUGCCGAUCCUCUAAUGCAGCCCUUUAAGGAAUACUACACCCAGGCUGACUGCUCAGUGCACGCUUUAGUACACAUCAGGAGGGAGUGGGAUUUCUUCCUGGUUCCUGCAGACCAUCCUGAUGGUACUGAGGUUCCAGACAGUUGGGUUCUGCCAGAUGCUCCAUCGGACCAGGUGUGGGCAUCUGCUCUGCAAGCCUCUGAGACACUGUGAUGUAAUUGUUUUUAUUUGUAAAUGCUUUUUGGGUGUCACACUUCUCAGAACUCUUUGUAGCUCAUGAACAUGCAGUGACUGAGAUGCAACAAAUGUGGUUAAAUCAACACACAGGAUGUUUUUUCAGCCCAGUUUUUGUUUUCAGUUGUUUGACAUCUGUUGGUGUGCUGCUAAACGCCGGUGAUCUGCAGCCCCGCGACUCAAUUCAAACAUCUUCCAUGAAAAUGAAGUGUUAACUAUGUUGGUUUAUGCUGUUCAGGUAACAAAGCUAACGCCACAGAAAACACAUCAGUAGGCUUUGGGUACAAAACAGUUGACUUUAUACCCAAGAAGGAUCUGGACAUUAUUUUUCACAGAGAGCUUAUUUUUUAGGG